AUGAAGGAUUUUAUUGAUGUACUGUUGUUGCAACUGGUUCAAAAGGAUAAGGAUGGGUCUAAUAAGUAUGUAUAUAAGCCUACUGAGGACACAUUAUUCGAUUUCCAGAUUGAGGGAGUCCAGUGGUUGUUGUAUAACUGGUCACAACGUCGGGGAUCUAUCUUGGCGGAUGAGAUGGGCUUGGGAAAAACGGUCCAAAGUUCGGUGUUGCUAUCGGCUAUUAUGAAGUACUCUGGGGGGAGUGGUCCGUGCUUGGUGGUUGCUCCUUUGAGUACACUAGGCCAUUGGAAAAGGGAGCUUCAGAAGUGGGCGCCAUCGCUGGUGACGGUAUUGUUUCAUGGUAAUGCUGAGGAUAGGCAGAUGAUGAUGGAUUACGAUCUCUCAUGGAUUGAUACUCAUACUGGUGCCUCUAUCUUUGAGAAGAGCAGUGUGCGGCGAAGGGUGGAGUAUAA